AUGGCUGCGAAGACUUCUGCAGUGGCUGAUCAGGAGCCACUCUCGGUCCUGAUCGCCCUGCAGGACAAGUUUGAUCUUAUUGACUUCGCCGGCCCGCUUGAGGUCUUUAACUGGGCGCAGCACGACGCCAAGGACCCUAAUACCAAGGCCUUUGAUAUCACCGUCGCCGGUGGCGAGCCCAAGGUCCUCUCUGGCCAGAAUGUUGUCAUUGGCUCGCAAAUCUCGUUCAAGGAAGCGUACGAUCAGCUCGAAGACUUUGACAUCCUUGUCAUUGUGGGCGGCAACACGGCCGAGAUCCUCAAGACGCGGGCCGAACCUCUGGGCCUCAUUCAGAAGUUCUCUGAACUGCAAAAGGCCAAUCCCAUCCAGGAGCGCACUCUUUUGUCGAUCUGCACCGGCUCCCUCUUUUUGGCCGACCUGGGCAUCCUCGCCGGCCUGUCUGCCACCACACACCCCGACUACCUCACUACAUUUGAGAACCUGUGCAGCCAGGCUGCGACACGCAACUUGGACGAGCGCACUGACGUCAUUGAAGACGCGCGCUACGUCGUGAACAACCUCCGCUUCGACCUCGGCGACGAGGACGACAACCCAUACAUCCGCCGCAAGUCGGACGCCCGCCGUCCUUCCAACGCCAGAAAGGGAAGCAUCUCCCUGAAGGGCUCUUCGCGCCGCGAAUCCAUUGCUCGCCGUGCUGCCAUGCGCCUCGGUGGCCUGCGCGUCAUUACUGCCGGAGGCAUCUCCUCCGGCAUCGACGCUGCCCUCUACACGGUCAGCGCCCUUGUGUCUGAGGAAGCGGCCAACGAGGUGGCCAGAAUGCUUCAGUGGACCUGGACUAAGGGCGUCGUCGUAGAUGGCUUGGAUGUGUGA